CACAACACAAUUAUUAUUAUCUCCACUAUUUACCUCACAAAACAUUCAGACAUAUUUACAACAUUCAGAUAACCAUUUAGCGACAUUUUAUUUUACUUUAUUCGAAAUUCUCCAAGCAAAGGCAAGAUAAGAGAAGAUGGCAAUGAACGUGUUUGCUGUGGCUCUGCUCUCUGUUUUCAUGGGGUUUAUGGUGUCUGUUUCUAAUGGAUUAAAUCCGGUCGACUGCUCUGACAUCUAUAAAUCCGGACAAACCAUCAGUGGGAUCUACUCCAUCUAUCCAGCAGGUGACGUUCCUGUCUGGGUUUACUGUGAGAUGAUCUCAGUUGGAAACAAUGAAGACAACGGAAGAUGGACGGUGAUUCAGAGGAGAAUGGACGGCAGUGUAAAUUUCUAUCGGCCGUAGAAUUAGUACAAGAGAGGAUUGGGGAAUGUGGAGGGAGAAUACUGGCUGGGGCUGGAGAACAUGUACCAGCUGACACGUAAAAGGAAGUACAUGCUGAGAGUGGAUCUGGAGGACUUUCAAGGAAAUAAAGUUUUCGCUCUGUACUCGUCUUUCUCUGUGGGUCCUGAAGCUGAUCGGUAUCGACUGCAGAUUUCAGGAUUCAUCGAUGGAGGAGCACGUGACUCUUUGUCCUACAGUGAUGGACAGAAGUUCUCCACCUUUGACAAAGACCAAGAUUCCUCCAAUAAUAACUGUGCCAAACAGUUUCUCGGGGCAUUUUGGUACAAUAACUGUCACGGUACCAACCCCAACGGUGUGUAUUUAUGGGGAAAAGAUCCAACCUAUUUUGCCAUUGGAGAUAUUUGGCAAACUUGGAAGGGUUAUGAUGUUAGUAUGAAAUCCAUCAGUAUGAAGAUCAAACAUGUUUCUUCAGGAACCAAUGUCUGA